AUGGCGAGCCCCAUUGAACUACCUCUGGUGGACAUCUCCAACUCGCAUGAUGUGGUCGCCGGGAAGAAACUGCUCGAUGCGGCUGUGAAACAUGGAUUUCUGUAUAUCGAUAGCAACAGCACGCUGCUCACCACGUCGGAUGUUGACCAAAUCUUUGACCUUUCACAGGAAUUCUUUCAACUCUCUCCCGCCGAGAAAGCGCCUUAUCGCAGAGGAAAUGACAAUCGAGGUUGGGUUGGAAUGCAUGUAGAGACAUUGGACCCUGAACAUCACGAUAGAGGAGAUUUCAAAGACGAUGAAUAUUGGGGAAUUCCAGGACGGAAACCUCCAACAGCCACUCCCCCGUGUUUAAUCUCAAGAGAGUCGGAGAUCGCUCGAUUCACUGAUCUCUGCAAUACCAUCUGCAGUCACAUCUUGAGACUACUUGCCCUUGGGUUAGAGAUCGACGAGGAGUUUUUUACCUCCCGCCAUGAUCAAUCAAGGGGCACCACGGGGAACUCUCUUCGAUGGCUCUAUUACCCAGCUGCCGUCUCAUCAUAUCGGCCAGGGAAAGACAUCCGAGCGGGGGCUCAUUCUGAUUAUGGAAGUAUCACCUUGUUAUUUCAACGUCCCGGGCAGCCAGGGCUUGAGAUUCUCACUUCAAACAAUGAAUGGGCACCAGUUCCAGUAUACCCUGAUGGCCGAACAGACUUUCCAUUUCCACCAAUCCUCGUGAACAUUGGCGACAUGUUGAGCUAUUGGACAGAUGGCUUGCUCAAAUCAACAGUCCAUCGAGUCGUGUUUCCCAAACAAGACCAAUCAGAUCAUACCUCCCAAGCGCACGAUCGCUACAGUAUCGCCUUCUUUUGUCAACCAGUGAGUGAAACAGAGCUCAUUCCCGUACCAAGCGAAAUCGUCUCUCUUCAUCAGAAAGAAAACAGAAGUGACAAGGAGGCUGGGAGAGUGGUUGGCCAUGGCGGAGGUGCCCAUGGUUGGAAGGCCGGUCAGCCUUGUAUAACAGCAGGACAGCAUUUGCAGUCCCGUUUGGCGGCAACGUACGUAUAG